AUGGUUACAUGUGGUUAUAACCAUACUCACGAGGUUAUUGUGCCCAGGUAUGAGGAGCCCUGCGUCUUCACUGACGGCAAAAUUCUGGUCCUUGUCUAUGUCGACGAUAUCCUGAUCCUAAGCCCGUCGCAAGAAAAGGUAUCCGUGGACAAGCUUGUCAAGUAUCUCCAAGACAAGUACAACCUGCGCGAAGAAGACUUCAAGUGGUAUCUUGGCAUCAGGGUCAUAAGAGAUCGACCAAACCGGAAGAUGUAUCUCUGCCAGGACGCCUACAUCGACAAAAUUGCGCGAAAAUUCAAGCUCUGCGACUCAAAGCUUCGAGUACCGUCAAUCCCGAUCACAACGAUCCCUCUCGUCAAACAUGAGGGACAGGCUUCCCAGGAAGAGAUAAAAGCAUAUCAGGAACGAGUCGGAUCUCUGAUGUAUAUCGCAGUCAUGACCAGACCUGAUAUAGCACGAGCAGCUACCCAGCUUGCAAGGUUCCUGACAAACCCAUCACCAGAGCACCUUGCCGCCGCUGAUCAAUGCAUCCGUUAUCUCUACACGACGAGAUUCCUCGCCAUCAUCUAUGAUGGUCUGCACGCAGGAGAAUCACUGGUGAUUGCAAGUGAUGCGUCAUUCGCGGACGAUGCCGAAACUCGACGUUCGUCGCAGGGAUAUGUGAUGACACUCUUCAACGGACCAGUUGUGUGGAAGGCCGGACUGCAGGACACGGUCACGACUUCGACAACCGAGGCAGAAAUCUUGAGCCUGGAAAGAACAACCAAAGAGAGUUACGCCCUAGAUCGACUGCUAAGGGACAUUUCUCUUGAUCUUGGACCUCUCAAGAUAUACUGCGACAAUCUUCAGUCAAUCCGACUUGUUGUGGAGGACAACCAGAGAAUCACGACGAAGCUGCGACACGUCGAUGUCCAGAACAUGUGGCUGAAGCAGGAAUUCAAGAAGGAGCAACUUACCGCUGGCCUUGCUGAUCUUGGCUUAGGGUCAGAUUCAAUCAUUUGCAAAGGCAAAUUUGAACAAGUUAUACACGAGGCAAAACUAAUAGAUCCAUCCAUUACUCCAUCAGAAAUCAAGAUCACGAAGCUGUUCGCCAGCCCAUUCUCCACUGGAGGGCUUGUCGUGCUUCUUCUACAACCACGGUCUGACCACCUUUGGGAGCUUGGUGCUGAUGCUGUUAUCAAGGAUUGUGCUACUCUAGAUUCACUGAAUGAAGGCCUUGGGAUCUGCGCUUCUACAACUCUACAGGGGAAUGUCUCGAUAAUGGACUUAUGGACCUGUCUUCCUUGGAAAGUCACCGAGACACUAGAUUAUGCGCAGAAAUGCAGGUUUCGCCUGGCCAUUCUGGCUGCCAUAGAAGCAAAGCAGCCUGAGUGCUUCCUGGGCAUGGAAACGGUCAGCAUUAUAGACCAUGAGGCAAAACAUCAGCCGGUCACACAGGUCACUGACCACACAGCAGGAGUCUUGUUGGUUCUGUAG